AGCAGUCAAUCAUCACGGGUUCUUUCAUCCUUUGGAAAUGCUCUUUUAUUCAAAUAUUUUUUUACGCGCUUAAUGGAGAAUUAUUUAGAACUUUUGGCACUGUGUUAAGGGUUCCCUCACGCGCACAAAGGUGGGAUUUCUGGUGUAAUCUCGCGCGUUUGGUUCUGAUAAUUAGCCCUGGGCUAACUAUAAGAACACAAAGCGCUGGUCUUUCCUCGUGCAAACAUUAAGUAGCGACUCCAAACCUUUUAUAAUGAUUUGAAUGUACUUUUAUUCCACACAGAGCGCUUCACAUCAGAGGGGAGGCGGCCAGCUCCCCCAAACAACCCCCUCCCUUCUUCUUUGUCUCCCACCUCCACUUUGAGAGGGGACCACGGCUCGGCCAGACCUGAGAGGCGUCAUGUGACUCUGCAUCUGCUCUCAGUUGUGGAAAGAUUACCACGCAGCCAGGGAGAGUGAGCGAGAGAGAGAGAGAGGGAGAGAGAGAGAGAGAGAGAGAGAGAGAGAGCUGAGGAGGAGCUUGCAGCGAUAAGAUUCUCUCCACGCACCAUCAGCACCACAAACUUGCUCUCCAUUCAUCCUGCUGUCUCUGCAGCGCACCUGCUUCUGCACACGCUGGGGAUUUUCACGCGUUUUUCUCCCGUUGGAAGGUGCUCAUGUGCACCCCACGGCUAAUUUUCGCUCUCCGCUGAGUUGAUUAUGGUCACAACCCCCGCGGUGCCAAGGUGGAGCCACCGCGCGUAUCUCGGAUCGGUGCGCUUCUCCAGGGGCUGGGAUGCGCACCGGGUACCUCUCGCUUCCUGCCAAGUUUCGGGUCCGAGCAGGAGUCUAGCUCUGCCCCUGGGCGCCGAGCCAGGAGGACCCAGUCCACCCGGAGCAGGAUGCCGGUGAUGAGAGGGCUGCUGGCCCCGCAAAACACCUUCCUGGACACCAUCGCCACGCGCUUCGAUGGCACCCACAGCAACUUUGUUCUGGGGAACGCCCAGGUGCAGUCGCUCUACCCCAUCGUCUACUGCUCCGACGGCUUCUGUGAGCUCACGGGUUACGCCCGAGCUGAGCUCAUGCAGAAGAGCUGUGCGUGUCACUUCCUGUACGGCCCGGAAACGAGCGACAAGCUAACGGCUCAGAUCCAAGGAGCUCUGGACGAGAGAGGGGAGUUCAAGACCGAGCUGGUCUUCUACAAGAAGGAAGGUACACAGUUCUGGUGUCUUCUGGACAUUGUCCCCAUAAAGAAUGAAAAGGGCGAGGUGGUUCUGUUCCUCGUGUCCCACAAAGACAUCUCGGACAAGAAGAAGGACCAGGACCCGGAGCAGGGACCAGACACAGACGAGGAAACCGGUCUGAAGGUUCAUCAGGUCACUCGGCCUCCAGGAUUCAAUACUAACCGACGCCGCAGCAGAGCCGUUCUCUAUCACCUGUCGGGACACCUGCAGAAACAGGACAAGAGCAAGCUCAAGAUCAACAAUAACAUGUUCGGAGAGAAACCUCCGAUCCCAGAGUACAAGGUCGCAGCCAUCCAGAAGUCUCGCUUCAUCCUCCUCCACUACGGGACCUUCAAGGCCGGCUGGGAUUGGCUGAUUCUGCUGGCUACGUUUUACGUGGCCGUCACCGUGCCCUAUAACGUGUGUUUCACAGUGGUAGGGGGGCGGGAUGAAGGGAGCAGCAGUGCCUCCCGGAAUCCACCCAGCGUCAGUGACAUCCUCGUGGAGAUCCUGUUUAUAUUAGACAUUUUGCUGAACUUUCGAACCACCUUCGUGAGCACGUCGGGUCAGGUCGUGUACGACGCCCGCUCCAUCUGCGUCCACUACGUCACCACCUGGCUCUUUGUCGACCUCAUCGCCGCCCUGCCCUUCGACCUGCUGUAUGCUUUCAACGUCAGCGUGUAUUUUGGAGUCCACCUGCUGAAGACAGUUCGGCUGCUGCGGUUGCUGCGGCUGCUGCAGAAGCUGGAGCGGUACUCGCAGUACAGCGCCGUGGUUCUCACUCUGCUGAUGUCCAUGUUCGCUCUGCUGGCUCACUGGAUGGCCUGCGUCUGGUACUUCAUCGGCCGCAAGGAGAUCGAGAGUCCUGGCUCCUGGGAUAUAGGUUGGCUCCAUGAGCUGGCCAAGCGCCUAGGCUCCCCGUACUUCCUGUCCCCCCUCACCACCCUGGUGUCCUCCACAGUCAGCAGCAUCUCCGCCAACAGCAGCCAGUGGAACGUGUCGGGGUCAGAGGUCACCGCGCAGAGCUCCUGGAACUCCAGCCAACAUUACGGGAACGUGUCGGGAGGGGAGGCCGUGUCGGGGACGGGCAGCGGGGGAGGAGGAUUCGGGAUGCUCGGUGGAGGACCCUCGAUGAGGAGCAGCUACGUCACCUCGCUGUACUUCGCUCUGAGCAGUCUGACCAGCGUGGGGUUUGGAAAUGUGUCGGCCAACACGGACUCCGAGAAGAUCUUCUCCAUCUGCACCAUGCUCAUAGGAGCACUGAUGCACGCCGUGGUGUUUGGAAACGUGACGGCGAUCAUCCAGAGGAUGUACUCUCGCCGCUCGCUCUAUCACACCCGCACCAAAGACCUGAAGGACUUCAUCAGAGUCCACCGGCUGCCUAAAGCUCUGGAGCAACGCAUGCUGGAGUGUUUCCAGACCACCUGGUCCGUCAACAACGGGAUCGACGUCAGUGAGCUCCUGAAGGACUUCCCAGACGAGCUGAGGGCAGACAUCGCCAUGCACCUGAACAAGGAGCUGCUCCAGCUGCCUCUGUUCGAGUCGGCCAGCCGGGGCUGCCUGCGCUCGCUCUCCCUCAUCAUCAGAACCUCCUUCUGCGCUCCGGGCGAGUUCCUCAUCCGGCAGGGAGACGCCCUGCAGGCCAUCUACUUCGUCUGCUCGGGGUCCAUGGAGGUCCUGAAGGACAACACUGUCCUGGCCAUACUGGGUAAAGGAGAUCUGAUUGGCUCGGACUACCUGACGAAGGAACAGGUGAUAAAGACCAACGCCAACGUGAAGGCGCUGACGUACUGCGACCUGCAGUACAUCAGCCUGAAGGGCCUCAGGGAGGUCCUCAGACUCUACCCGGAGUACGCCCAGAAGUUCAUCAGCGAGAUCCAACACGACCUCACAUACAACCUGAGAGAGGGACACGGAGCGGAUGGGGACUGGGAGAGUAACGGUGGCCUGGUGAAGAAGCUGCCCUCCAUCCGUGAGGACGAGGAGGGCGAUGAGGAUCAGAACUCCGUGUCCCGGGCUCCUCGCUCCCCGCUGCGUCUCAGCAGGGGGCUCAGCUCGCCCCUGCGUUCCCCUCUCCUCCCUCCCAGACCUUUCCGCGCUCCCUCCGAGCAUUCCCGCCCCACCACUCUGCAGAUUCCCGUGGUCAGCUUCAGCUGCGCUCCACCCGAACUCAGCCCCAGAUUCGUGGACGGCAUCGAAACGGAGAGCAACUGCACCUCAUCGCAGAAGUUUGAGUUCAGUCCCAGCAUGUCUCCUGCAGCGCCGGCCUCCCCGUACCACGGUAACCAUGCGAUUCGGGAUCACUCUGAGAUCAAGCAGAGCGUGUUGAAACUGACCGAAGAGAUGAACAGUCUCUCCAAACAAGUCUGCACGCUCAGUCAGGAGCUGCAGGAAAUGACACGCCUCCUUAAGCCCCUCCUCCAAACCUCAUCUUCGCAGCCAAUCCUGAUGACCAUGAUGCCAAAUUUAACCCCGCCUCCCAGCAGUGCCAGCCAGAUAUCGACGAGCACCUGCCUGAUGGUGCCGCCCCCUGCCACACCUUGUCCCCUGCAGAGACCUGACACUCAGUCCCUGUUGGACAGCGGGGACACAGAGGGGAAGGAUCUGCCUGGAUGCCUUCUGCCCACUCCUCAUUCACCACAAAGGCCUAAUUCUCCUUCACCCCCGCCGCCCCCAUCCAAACCUCCAAGCUUCCCCUCCACCGUUCCCUCACCUGAGGACAGACUUCCUGAAGGAUCCCCCGUCCCCCACGUCUCCCCCAGUAACGGGAUGUGUCUGCCCCCUCUGCUGGACCAGCCUCCUCUGGUUUCUCGCACUCCUUCACCGUCUCUCUCCUUCUCCAUGUCUCUCUCCUCCUCUUCGUCUCUCUCCCCCUGCCAAGGCCCCCACCUGUCCCGACCAGGCAGCUGCACCAGCCGAGGCCUCCAACCUCCGCCGCCCUCCCAGGACACGCCUCCUCCUACCCAGUCCACCCACCGCUCAGCUCCCCCAUCCCUCACAUCCUCUCCUGGAGAUCUUCGCCUGAAGCCGUCCCCGACUGUCUCUCUCGUCUCCCCUCCAGCCGCCCCCUUCCACCCCUCCACCCUCUCCCUGCCCGUGUCUUUGGACUCUACGAGGACGGGGCAGGCAGACACCCAGACUCCACCUUGGUGUAAGUCACAGUUGCGCUACAGGGAGGCAAGAGGGGUCAGUCUCCCACAGGAGCUGGAGAUGCAAGAGUGGGGACGAGCGGUGGAGGAGGAGGGGCGGUCCUCCACGGAGCACAUCAGUUUCAUCGACGAAGAGGAACCGGCAUUAUGAGCGGGUUAAACUGAGCAAACGUAAAAAGGUGACAAAGGAGAAGCAGAGGAUAAAAGCGGAGAUCAGAUCAGGGAGAAUGGCGUCUGCAUGAAAUGAAAACCAAGCAGAAACAAACGGGAGGUGGCUCAUCGGGCUGAAAAAGGAGAAACAGGUGACCGGAAGCACACCUGUGAGGCCGAGACUCGACGCAAGCUGCCAGCAAAUCAGCGUGAUGGAGAGUUUUCCUCGACUGUUUCACUGCAGCUACAGCAGCACUCAGUAUCAACUUCAGUAGCAUCAGUUGCUCCCUGUAGCAACAUGGAAACCAGAACGUCUUUUAAACUGGUUUCAGCUCAUCUGUGGAGCUCCAAACAACUUCACCGUCUGCAUCCAACACAAGUUAGUCUCCUCUUUUUUACAGGGCAGGUACACACUCUCAUAUCUCAGCUGGAAAAAAAACAAAAAACAUACGUCUUUACUGAAGUCGGAGAGGUCGAGAUGCUGCUGCUCUCGGACUCAGAAUUAAAACUUGUCACAUCAGAUCACCCUCACAUGGAAGGCUUCAUCAUGGGAUUAUUAUUUUUUUUUUUUUUGAUUUUCUGCCUCUUGGGUGGUGGAGGCAAACACUCAGCCGGACAUGGAUCCAUCUUUUCAGUCAUUUACGUCGCUCUCGUUCGACAAAAAACUGUUCAACUCGUCUACAUGUUCUUCCCCUGUAAUGAGUCUGAGGAUGUAAAGCGAGCAGAAGCGCUUCAGUUAGAGUGUGGACCCUUGAAGUCUGAGCUAACUGCUGGGUCGUGUGCCAAAGACAAAAGCAAGAAAAAAAAGUUCGGGGAAACUCUCAAAACAUAAUCAACACCCAUAUUUAUCUGUUUGUCACCAUCAUGACUGUUUACAACCAGCCAAUCAGAUUGUAACACAUCACCUCCCACAUCCCUCCUGAGCUUUAGCCAUCCAGCCAUUCGUGCCUUCUCCACAUAAAGACAUGAGGCUUCACCACGGCCGUUCUCCUGUUCUCUACAGGAAAGCAUUUGGAACAAAACUUUACACAGGAAGCCAUUAGUGUCACCUGCAGAGAACUCUUGCACCUUUGAUCUAAAUUAUUUAUUUAUUUAUUUAGACUGUAUUUUUAUUUAUUUUUGGAAGCAAUGAGGAAAUAUUUUACGUGUCUGGGACGUCAGACAGAAACAGGCUGGGGAGGGGACGUCUGAUAUCUUAAAGCCACUUUUCCACCACAAGAACAGAGACCAGGAACCUUUAGGGGAACUAAAUCUUUGUGGCUCUUUUG